GGGGAACAAGUUCAAGUUCAAGCAGCUGAUCCGAUUUGUUUUGGAUUUUCAUGUGAUAUAACGAAGCAAAAACAAUUACAUCGGGCGAAAGAACACAUUCGAGAUGUUCCAGCAUAGCCCAAUGCUGUGGCGACCGCUGUUCCUGCUACGAAAUCUGCACCUAAGUCAGUGCCAUCAGAUUAGCCAUUACGAUGCCCUUGGGAUUGGUCGGCAGUGCACACAGAACGAAAUAAAGGCGGCUUACUACAAGCUCUCGAUGCUGUAUCAUCCUGACAGGAAUCAGGGUAGCGAGAGCGCUGCCAAAAAAUUCCGGGAGAUCAAUCAGGCAUACGAAAUCCUUGGAAACUACCGCCUGCGCCGUCUUUACGACAAGGGUAUUGUUCACACAGCGGGGGCGCAAUAUGCUCAAGAUGUCCAGGAUGUGGCGGAACCUGUAGUCGAAGACGACCCGGAAACAAAGUUCUACAAAUCGCGAUUUAAAAAGUCUCGUGUAGCCGAUUCUGAGGGUCGCACGCCGAUAUACGAUUUUGAUGAAUGGUCGCGAAAUCAUUACGGCAAAGCCUUUGACCGGAGGCAGACCGCCCAGGCCAAAUACGAUAGAAUCAAGGUGCAAAAAGAGUAUAGCAAAAUGUCCAGCCAGACGGAUAUGGUUUUACUGUCCUUCCUUUUCUUUGGAGUUGCAGUGUAUCUUAUGUUCUUAGCCGAGAGCUCCUACGAUACGCCUAAACAGAAGGCGGAGGAUCUGUACAGACGCGAUCAGCAGGAGCGAGAAAAACAGCUGGCUGGGAAAAAAUCGUAGAGUUCUCUAGUCCACAGUGUACAUAGAAUUAAGUUUAAUCAAUUAAAUCAAAUGGCUAUUAUUGUGAGUAAGUGAUGUGGCAGUUUUCCUUGAAAGAAAGGGAUCCUGAUCCUGAUCUAGACUCGAACUUCAAAUGUUUCAUCUGCUUUUGAUUUGCACGUAUCGUAAAUUUAUAUUUUUCUUAGAAAAAUAGUUAGCUAAUCAAUCUUUGAAAACGAGAAAUGGGUUACCAAUUACGAAAUAAUAUUUUAUGACUAAGAACCAAGUUUUUAAAUAAAAUCACAAUUACUUUGA